AUAAAUGGUCCCACCCCUAGGCAAGGUGGAUCACUCCGGGCAGGUAGGAACAAGAGUGUGCACCUGCCACCCGUCGGGCUCAGCCAGGCUGUAAGACUGAGCAAAUCGAGCAGAGGGAGUGAGUGAACCAUGAACAGGUUGAAGUGCCCGAGCUUCUUCAAGUGCAGGGGCAAAGAGAAAGUGACGGCUUCAUCUGAGAAUUUCCAUGUUGGUGAAGAUGAUGAGAAUAAUGACCGUGGCAACUGGUCAAAGAAAUCAGAUUAUCUUCUAUCUAUGGUUGGAUAUGCUGUGGGAUUGGGAAAUGUGUGGAGAUUCCCAUAUCUGACCUACAACAAUGGCGGAGGUGCCUUCUUGAUACCUUAUGCAAUUAUGCUAGCACUGGCUGGUCUACCUUUGUUCUUCUUAGAGUGUUCACUGGGACAGUUUGCUAGCUUAGGUCCAGUUUCAGUUUGGAGGAUUCUUCCAUUGUUUCAAGGUGUGGGAAUCACGAUGGUCUUGAUAUCCAUUUUUGUGACUAUUUAUUACAAUGUCAUAAUUGCCUAUAGUCUUUUCUACAUGUUUGCUUCUUUUCAAAGUCACCUACCAUGGGCGAAUUGUUCUUAUUGGUCAGAUGAAAAAUGCAGUAGAUCACCUAUAGUAACUCAUUGUAACGUGAGCACAAAAAUGGGUGAGGACAUCCAAAUGAAUAAAAGCUGGGUAGACUUCAACAACUAUACUUGCAUCAAUGGCAGUGAGCUUUAUGAGCCAGGACAGCUUCCCAGUGAACAAUAUUGGAACAAAGUGGCGCUCCAACGGUCAACUAGCAUGGAUGAGACUGGAGUAAUUGUGUGGUAUUUAGCACUUUGUCUUCUACUGGCAUGGCUUAUAGUAGGAGCAGCACUGUUUAAAGGGAUCAAAUCAUCUGGCAAGGUGGUAUAUUUCACAGCACUUUUCCCAUAUGUUGUCUUACUCAUCUUGUUAAUACGAGGGGUAACUCUGGAGGGUGCAUCAAAAGGCAUUUCCUACUAUAUUGGAUCACAGUCAAAUUUUACAAAACUUCAGGAGGCAGAGGUUUGGAAAGAUGCUGCCACUCAGAUAUUUUACUCUCUCUCCGUGGCUUGGGGUGGCUUAGUUGCUCUAUCAUCUUACAAUAAGUUCAAUAACAAUUGCUAUUCUGAUGCGAUUGUAAUCUGUUUGACAAACUGCCUCACUAGUGUGUUUGCUGGAUUUGCUAUUUUUUCUAUAUUGGGGCACAUGGCUCAUAUAUCUGGAAAGGAAGUCUCCCAAGUUGUAAAACAAGGUUUUGAUUUGGCAUUCGUUGCCUAUCCGGAAGCUCUAGCCCAACUACCAGCUGGCCCGUUUUGGUCCAUAUUAUUUUUCUUCAUGCUUUUGACCUUGGGUCUUGACUCUCAGUUUGCUUCUAUCGAGACAAUUACAACGACGAUUCAAGAUUUAUUUCCAAAUUUGAUGAAGAAAAUGCGGAUUCCUGUAACUCUGGGUUGCUGUUUGGUUUUAUUUCUCCUUGGUCUCGUCUGUGUGACUCAGGCUGGAAUUUACUGGGUUAAUUUGAUUGACCACUUCUGUGCUGGAUGGGGUAUUUUGAUUGCAGCUAUCUUGGAAAUAGUAGGAAUCAUUUGGAUUUAUGGAGGAAACAGGUUCAUUGAAGAUAUAGAAAUGAUGAUUGGAGCAAAGAAGUGGCACUUCUGGCUGUGGUGGAGAGCUUGCUGGUUUGUCAUUACGCCUGUCCUUUUGAUUGCAAUUUUUAUCUGGUCAGUGGUGACAUUUCAGAGACCUACUUAUGGCACCAUUUUAUACCCUGAUUGGGGAAUUGCUAUAGGCUGGUGUUUGAUUAUUUUCUGCAUUAUUUGGAUUCCAAUUAUGGCUACUGUAAAAAUAGUUCAGGCUAAAGGAAACAUCUUUCAACGUAUUGCAAGUUGUUGCAAACCAGCUUCUAACUGGGGACCUUACCUAGAGCGGCAUCGUGGGGAGAGAUAUAAGGGCAUGGUAGACCCUAAAAAGGAAGCUGACCAUGAAAUACCUACUGUUAGUGGCAGUAGAAAACCAGAAUGAAAUAUAUUUUUCAAUAUAUGAUUAUGUAAUGUGAUUUUGUUUGAAGAGAGGAAAAUAUUAUUUAUUUGUGUG